AUUAGACGAGUGUUCGUGUAUUUUAGUGUUGUCAACUAUAUAAAGGAGAGAGAGAGAGUGCAUGCUAGAGAGAAAGAUGAGUUUUCUUGCUGGGCGAUUGGCGAGCAAAGAGGGCUCCUAUUUCUUGCAGGAAUCCAAACAAGCCGUCACCAGACUCCUCGAGAAACAGAAGAAUUCUGCUGCUAAAAGCCUCGUCGCACCGAUAGCUGAAAACGGCGAAAUUGCUUCGUCGCCGGCCGAUGUUUUGCCGGAGGUUUUGAGGCACUCUCUCCCUUCAAAGAUUUUCAGCUCCCAAUCGGAGAAUUCGGGCUCUUCUUCUUUAUCCGGAGCUUCCAAAUGGGCCCUCAAGCCCGACCCGAAAAGACCCGGCGGGCCGGCGGUGUCGCCCGAUGCCCUAAAUCCUCUCAGGGGUUACGUUUCUCUGCCUCCGGUCACAUUUGGACCUAAAAGGUGGCAACUACCUGAUUCAGAGGGUGCUGUUGUAGCCUCGACUGCAAAUGAUUUGCGGCAAGACAAGUACGCCCCUAUCAACCCGGAGAAGCUGAAGGCCGCAGCUGCAGGGUUAACUCAGAUUGGAUCUGCUUUCGCUGUUGCUACUGCUAUCGUCUUUGGUGGCGCUGCCUUGGUCUUUGGGCUGGCAGCAUCAAGACUCGAGGUGCAUAACACCAACGACAUUCGGAAUAAAGGAAAAAACUUGAUUCAACCGAGAUUCGAGACGUUCAAAGAGCGCUUGGCUCCUCUACGGAAUCGGGCUGAGGAAGUAUCAAAGAAAUGGCAUUUGGAAAAGGAAGAAAAUUUGAAAGAGAGGCCUCUCUUUAAAGAGCUUGCAAGAACAUUGGGUGCCAAAUCUUGAAUGUUUUGUUUCUCCACUGGAUAGGUGGUUGCAAUUGUGAUAUGGUUUAAUUAUGCAGUAUAGGAAAAUAGGGUUAGUGUUAAUAUAUAUAUAUAUAUAUAUAUAUAUAUAUAAUGUUAGUGUUGUUGUUUUUUUAAGUGCAGGUGUGAGGGUGUGUAAAAUAAAUAUAACUUUGUUAUAGGGUUGACAAUUUUUGAUACGAUACGGAAGCACGAUACGAAAUUGCAUGAAAUUAAUGGGUUAAUGUCAA